AUGUUCUGCGUGCACGUCUUAAGCGGCCAACCCGCUAGAGGAACCGAGAUCACCAGUUUGCGCUUCCGUAACGGAGUGGCUAACCACCGCAACGUCUUCGUCUUGGAUGGCAGAGUGAUGACGGUGACGAGCUACCACAAGUCACAAGCAAUGCUCGACAUGCCCAAGAUGGUGCCACGCUUCUUGCCGUGGAAACUAGGUCAGAUCGCGGUCAUCUAUCUCACCCACGUGCGGGCGUUCGCCGAGUUGCUGUCGGUGCAGGUACAGCACGGUCAAGGAUGGAGCGAUUACAUCUGGGCGGACUCGCACGGCCCGUGGGAGACGCAGAAGCUCACCGACACGAUGAAACGAGAGACGGCCAAACGACUGACGGCCAAGCUACACACCCAAAGCUACAGACACGCCGCCGUCUUUCUAGGCAGGAGGUUCGUCGGCCCAAGGUUCGCCAAAGGCUACGGAGAGGAAGCCGAAGAUCCGGAAGAAGCCUAG